AUGACCGACUCGGAAAAGCAACAAGACGAUGUCUUGCCUUGGGACCAAGAUCCCGAUAACCCCCAAAACUGGAGCAAGCUGAAAAAGACUGUCAACCUCGGCAUUGUUUCCAUGUUGGCCUUUAUCACUCCACUGGAAUCCUCCGUCAUUGUUCCCGGUGUCCCACUUCUGAAAGACGAUUUUCAUGAAAUAAGACGGCCCGUGACAUCCCUUGUUGUGUCAAUCUUUGUUCUAGGAUUCGCGUUUGGUCCUCUUCUACUAUCGCCGCUAUCCGAGCUAUACGGCCGACGUUUGCUCUUCAACGUCUCGAACCUUGUUACACUCGGCUUCUCAAUCGGCAGUGCUCUUGCACCUAAUAUUGCUUCAUUUAUUGUGUUUCGAUUCAUCGCUGGCAGCUUUGGGGCUGGGCCGAUGAACAUUGGUGGAGGAAGUAUUGCCGACCAAGUUGCCCUGGCAAAGAGGGGGCUUGUCAUGUCCAUUUUCUUCACUGGCAUCUUUCUUGGACCUGUAAUUGGACCGGUAAUCGGAGGCUUCAUUGCCAAGAGCCUCGGGUGGAGAUGGGUCUUCUGGGUCAUGACGAUUAAAGGCUUGAUGACACUUGUGACAUUUGUAUUUCUCUCCGAAAGCCAUGCCCCAACCAUUAAGAGGCACAAGGCAAGACAAGCUCCCCAACAAGUCGUCGUCGCUGAAGAGGGCAAGCCCAGCACAAGCGAUGUCCUUCUGAGAGCUGUCUCAAGACCAAUGCGCAUGUUGAUACGGAGUCCUAUUGUUACCGGCCUCUCCUUAUACCUCGCCCUUGUCUAUGGCUAUCUUUAUCUCCUCUUCACGACCUUUUCCACAGUCUUUCCUGAACAAUACGGCUUUGGCAUCGACACCUUGGGAUUGGCUUUUCUAGGACUUGGGAUCGGGUGUAUGCUUGCACUAAUCGUGCUUUCAUGGCUCAGCGACUGGCUACAGGACCGUUUCACCGAAAAGCAUGGGGAAUCAAAGCCAGAAUACCGCCUUCUUCCAAUUGUAUUGGGUAUACCCUUGCUACCGAUCGGCUUGUUCGUGUACGGGUGGACCGCCCAGUACAAAGUUCACUGGAUCGUCCCAAUCAUCUUCACCGGUUUCACUGGAGCCGGUCUCAUCUUCUCGUUUCUUCCUACGCAGAUAUAUAUGGUCGAUGCCUUCACAACUUAUGCGGCAAGUGCGCUGGCGGCAACGAGUGUCGUCCGCAGCAUUGUGGGCGGUUGUCUUCCCAUUGCAGGCCUGCCACUAUACUCGGUGCUUGGAUACGGAUGGGGAAACUCUCUGCUUGGCUUCAUCGCAAUGGUUGUUUCUAUUGCUCCUCUUCUCUUCUGGCGAUACGGAGAAAUAUUGCGGAACAAGUAUGAUGUCAAAUUUGACUGA